AUGACCAGUCGCAUCCAACAUGAGAUCCACAGGUCCUUUCCACCGCUCUUCCAUGAUCCUCGCCAACUACAGAGUCAGGAGAUGAGUUCUCAGUUGGCGCCGGAGCGGCCCAGCAUCGUUCAAGGGCUCCACUGUGGCCCCGCUUUCAGGGGGGACUGCCAGGGCCACAUGGCCCCCGAGUAUCGGCUGGGCGAGCCGGGCACGGCGGGGGUCUCGCCUCACCUACCGAGACCGUGGUACCCCUUCCCCGCCCCCGAGCACUGGCCCCACAGCUCGGUGGUGGCUCGCUACCCCAACGCCCCGCCGGCCCCGGGCCGAGAGGAGGACGAGAAGGGAACUGAGGCCAAGUUUUUGCCGUCGUUGUACAAUUCGCCCUGGAGCUCCUGUUACCUGCCGCAGCUGCCGGCGGCUCCCAGCCCGCCCACCGCUCGCACCGCGGCUGGGCUGCAGAACCAGGGUCACUCCCCAUCCUCGGACCACCGGAGCCAGCCGGCCAGCCCGCAAAUGCGACCCAGCAACCCGUCUCCCAGCCCCAGCGCAGACCACGACACCAAGUGGGUCGCCCCGGACGGUGGCAAUGAGGAUUCUCCCACUUCAGAGGACUUGGAGCAGUUUGCAAAGGAGCUAAAGAUGAAGCGUAUCACAAUGGGCUUCACACAGGCAGAGGUGGGCCUGGCACUUGGGGCUUUGUAUGGAAAGAUGUUCAGCCAGACGACCAUCUGUCGAUUUGAGGCCCUGCAGUUGAGUUACAAGAACAUGUGUAAGCUGAAGCCGCUGCUGCAGCGGUGGCUGGAGGAGGCCAAGGACAGUGACAACUUUCAAGAGCUAUGCAGCAUAGAACAGACGCUGGCUUCAUCCCGCAAGAGAAAGCGACGGACCAGCAUUGAUAAUAAUGUGAAGGAGGGGCUGGAGAAUUUCUUCACCGUGUGCCCAAAGCCAUCCACCCAGGAGAUCACCAAGAUCGCGGAUGACCUGAACCUGGAAAAGGACGUGAGUAUCAGGGAGUAGGAAUUGGAUGCGAGUCAGUCUGGUAGGAAUAGGCAAUAGGUGCAGGAAUAGGCCACUUGGCCCUUCGAGCCAGCACCACCAUUCAAUAUGAUGAUGGCUGAUCAUCCCCAAUCAGUACCCCGUUCCUGCCUUCUCCCCAUAUCCCCUGACUCCGCUAUCUUUAAGAGCCCUAUCUAGCUCUCUCUUGAAAGUAUCCAGAGAACCGGACUCCACCGCCCUCUGAGGCAGAGAAUUCCACAGACUCGCAACUCUGUGAGAAAAAGUGUUUCCUCGUCUCUGUUCUAAAUGGCUUACCCCUUAUUCUUAAACUGUGUGGCCCCUGGUUCUGGACUCCCCCAACAUCGGGAACAUGUUUCCUGCCUCUAGCGUGUCCAAACCCUUAACAAUCUGACGUCAGUUCACUUCAGUGUAGUUUAUUAAGUUUAGAUAUACAGUGUGGAAACAGGCCCUUCAGCCCAACUUGCCCACACCAGCCAACAAUGUCCCAUCUACACUAGUCACAGAGUGAUACAACGUGGAACCAGGCCCUUCGGCCCCCAUCUCGCCCACACCGGCCAACAAUGUCCCAGCUACACUAGUCCCACUUGCCUGCGCUUGGUCCAUAUCCCUCCAAAUCUGUCCUAUUCAUGUCCUUGUCCAACUGUUUCUUAAACGUUGGGAUAGUCCCAGCCUCAACUACCUCCUCUGGCAGCUUGUACCAUACACCCACUGUGUGAAAAAGUUACCCCUCGGAUUCCUAUUAAAUCUUUCCUCCACCUUGAACCUAUGUCCUCUGGUCCUCGAUUCCCCUACUCUAAGUAAAAGACUCUGUGCAUCUACCCGAUCUAUUCCUCUCAUGAUUUUGUGCACCUCUAUAAGAUCUCCCCUCAUCCUCCUGUGCUCCAUGGAAUAGAGACCCAGCGUACUCAACCUCUCCCUGUAGCUCACACCUUCUAGUCCUGGCAACAUCCUCGUAAAUCUAUUCUGAACCCUUUCAAGCUUGACGAUAUCUUUCCGAUAACAUGGUGCCCAGAUCUGAACACAAUAUUCUAAAUGGGGUCUCACCAACGUCUUGUACAACUGCAACAUGACCUCCCAACUUCUACACUCAAUACUCUGACUGAUGAAGGCCAAAGUGCCAAAUGCCUUUUUGACCACCUUAUCUACCUGCGACUCGACCUUCAUGGAACCAUGCACCUGUACUCCUAGAUCCCUCUGCUCUACAAC